AUGAAGUACAAGUUACCUUGUAUUCUCACUGCCAUCUCGCUUGUUCGUGCUUCUAUUAUCAAGGGUCUAUCCCCAGAAAAAUAUGAUGUAUAUCAACCUUCAGCUCAAAACACUUGGACUUGUCUAGACGGUUCAAAAAUCAUCCCUUAUACAGCCAUUAAUGAUGAUUAUUGUGAUUGUCCUGAUGGUUCAGACGAGCCAGGUACCUCUGCUUGUCCUAACGCAUUCUUUUAUUGUGCAAAUGAGGGCCAUAUACCUGCUUAUAUCAAAUCGUAUACUGUCAAUGAUGGUAUCUGUGAUGAAGCCUGUUGUGAUGGUUCAGACGAAAAUGGGGAUCUGAUCAGUUGCCCUAACCGUUGUCAACACGUGGGUGAAGUCUAUCGUAAACAACAAGCCAGUCUUAAGCAAUCGAUUGAAGCUGGUCUUAAGGCCAAACAACAACUGAUAGACGAAGCAGAGAAACAAGUGCGCGCAUGGGAAGAAGACGAAACAAGACUGCAAGAUGAAAUUGUGCUCAAGAAGUCCAAUGUGCUCAAGAUGCAACGCGAAUUAGACACUUUGGAAUCACGUGUCCAUAAGACCAAGAAGCGUGUCUGCCAAUCCAGUGUGAUUGAGAUUGCCACACUCAAACACGACAUUACGAUUCUUCAAAAGGAGUUGGCUAUCUUGAGUCAAAUCUUGGGAGACAUGAAGCGAGAUCAUAACCAUAAUUAUCAUGAUAUGGCUGUAAAGAGCGCUAUUGCUGGUUAUGAUGAAUUUGUUACUCGUUAUGCUGCUAUUGAACCUGAAAUUGAAGAGGAUCUUAAGAGUGUUGAUGUCAAAGAAGAGGAAGAAGAAGAAGAGGAAGAGGAAGAGGAAGAGGAAAAGAAAGAAAAAGAAAAGGAUGAGAAUGAACACACUCUCUUGGACUCUAUUCUUGAGACAUUGGAUUCAGUGCUUCCAAACACAUUUAAUGUGUUGGAUAGACUGUCACCAAAGACUCGUGAAACAUCAAACAGUGGCAGUAAAGAAGCAGCAUUGGAAAAGACGCGUCAACAAGUACAAGAUGCUGAAAAAGAAUUGAAUGAACUCAACACUCAAUUGGAGAAAGUCAAGGCUGAUUUAGCAUUUGAUUAUGGAAAAGACAAGGAAUGGUUGAAACUUAAAGAUGUCUGUAUUGAAAAAGAUGAAGGAGAGUAA